AUGCCGCCUAAAUUCACACCGCGUCUGCGAAAGCAAAGGCACCGGCAAAACCCGGCCGGAGAGUCUGCCGAUACCAAUGCUGCUCAACUUGAGCCCGUUUCCAAGGACGAGAAGGAAGCGCGCCGACAGAAAUUGCAAUCUGAGGUUCAGGGGCAGCACACUCAUAUCUCCUCAAAGAAGCAGAAGCGCUUGGACAAGUACAUUGAAAACAAACUCAAGAAGGAAGAGAACAUCGAAUUGCUGAAGAAGCUCGCGAAAUCAUCCGUCGACACCUCAGGCCUACAGAGCUCCAGAGACCUUUUCAAGCGCAAGAGACAGGACGACGAUGUGCCUGUGGCAACCGAUGCUGUGCCGAGCCGCAAUACUGCCGCAGAGCUCUCUGGAGACGACAGCGACGAAUCCGAUGUUCACCUGAAGGUGUCCGAUCCUAGAACCGAUCCCGUGGUGGAGAAACAAAAACAGGCGGAUAUAGCUACUGGAAGUGGUUUGAAACGUCCACUUGAAGUGGGGGCCGAUGGAUUCCCAGUGAUAAAGAAGAGAAAGCGCGCACCGAAGAAGAAGGCUGCACCAGCACCGGUCAAGGCGGAGGUCGCUUGGGAGGGCUUUGACUCGGGCGAUGAAGAAGAGGGCGAAGAUGACGAGGAUGAGGAAGAUGAGGAGGAUUCCGAAUCUGGAAGUGAAAUAGAGGAUGGCUUUGAAGACGAUGAAUCUGAGGGCACCUCCUCGGAAGGCUCUGACGAUGACCAGGAUGAAGAGUCAGACGAUGAAGAGAUGGAAGAUGCUCCUGUUCUCAAGACUCGCCAGUCUGCUUUCAAGACUUGGGCAGUGCAGCAAAUCAACGAAGCUUCAGGUUUCAAGCCCACCACAGGUGCUGUCACUCAAGAAGAGCAAAAGUUUGAUCCCUCCAAACUCCCUGCUCGUCACAAUACUACCGAGGAGGAACCCCUGCCUCGAGAACUCCAAGUGACUAAGGGCGAUCCCAACCGGAAAGCGUUCAGUGUUGCUGUCAAUCGCUCCGAGGAGAUCCAAGCUGCCCGUAUCGGCCUUCCUGUUGUGGGCGAAGAGCAGAAGAUUAUGGAAGCAAUUUACAACAACUCUGUGGUUGUCAUCUGGGGUGCCACCGGUUCCGGGAAAACCACACAGCUUCCCCAGUUCCUCUUCGAAUCUGGCUUUGGCUCUCCAGGAAGCCCGAAUCCAGGCCUCAUCGGUGUCACUCAACCUCGUCGAGUUGCAGCCGUGAGUAUGGCAAAUCGUGUCUCCCAGGAAUUGGGCGAACAUGCCGAAAAGGUUUCAUAUCAGAUUCGUUUUGAGUCUACGGCAUCGAAGAAGACUGCCAUCAAGUUCAUGACCGAUGGUAUUCUCCUGCGUGAGAUUGCGGAUGACUUUGCCCUCCGCAAAUACUCCAUCAUCCUCAUUGACGAAGCUCACGAGCGUAGCGUCAACACUGAUAUCUUGAUCGGAAUGGUCAGUCGUAUCGUGGGUCUUCGCAAGUCUCUUAGUGAAGAAGAUCCAUCCAUCAAGCCCUUGAAGGUUGUCAUUAUGUCGGCUACUCUGCGCAUUUCCGACUUCACCGAGAACCCCAGUCUAUUCCGCAGCGGCCCACCUCCUUUGGUUCAAGCGGAGGGUCGUCAAUAUCCUGUCUCGAUUCAUUUCUCCCGCCGCACACAGCGUGACUAUGUUGAGGAUGCGUUCCGCAAGGUCUCCCGUGGACAUCGCAAACUCCCUCCUGGUGGCAUGCUUGUAUUCCUCACUGGUCAGAACGAGAUUCGGCAGCUUUCCAAGCGUCUGAAGGGAGCAUUCAAGCCUACUCAACGCGAGGAUACCACACAGGCCAAGGUCCAGCUUUCUGCAAAUGAAGCGCCGCUGGAGGCAGAGGACUUGGAGCUAGGUGGCACAGAAAUGGACAACGCGGGCGAGGAUGACUAUGACAGUGAUUUGGAGAUCACCGGGUUGGAUGAUGCAGAGGAAGAUGAAGACUUUGACCUGGGUGAAGAAGCUAUGGACUCUUCAACCCGUGUUCAUGUUCUGCCUCUCUACUCCCAACUCCCAACGAAAGAACAGAUGAAGGUCUUUGAGGCUCCCCCGGAGAACUCCCGUCUGAUCAUUCUCGCAACAAACGUUGCUGAAACGUCUCUCACAAUCCCCGGGAUCAAGUAUGUAUUCGACUGCGGACGAUCCAAGGAGAAACAGUUCGAUCUCUACACUGGUGUCCAAAGCUUCCAGAUUGGCUGGAUCAGCAAAGCAAGCGCCAACCAACGCGCUGGUCGUGCCGGUCGAACAGGGCCCGGUCACUGCUACCGAAUGUACUCUUCUGCUGUGUACGAAGCAGACUUCGCCGAAUACACUGAUCCAGAGAUCUUGCGCACGCCAAUUGAGGGCGUUGUGCUCCAAAUGAAGAGCAUGGGUCUGCAUAACGUCAUCAACUUCCCAUUCCCAACCCCUCCGAGCCGUCAAGGCCUCGCAAAGGCAGAGAAGCUGCUCAAGAACCUCGGUGCUCUAUCUGCCGACGGUCAAGUCACGCAAAUCGGUCGUCGUCUCUCAACAUAUCCCCUUUCUCCCCGAUUCAGCAAAAUGCUUCACAUCGGUCACCAGCACGGUUGCAUGCCGUACGUGAUCGCACUCGUCGCCGCGCUAGCAGUUGGCGACCUCUUCGUCCCGCAAAACCAACUGGAUCAACCCAAGAUUCAGAACAAAAAGAACGACUCGGAUAGUGACAGCGACAGCGACACAGAGCGCAAGGUCUACACAAACGCCGAUCGAAUCGAAGAUACUGAGCGCGAACAAAAAUCAAAAGCCCAAGCCCGUGCCCACCGCCUGUUCUCCAAACACGACGACACCUCCGACGCCCUCAAAUCCCUCUCCGCAAUCUGCGCGUACGGUUACGCCUCUGACGGCGACGCCUUCGCCGACCAAAUGUUCCUCCGCGGCAAGGCCUUCAAAGAAGCAACCCAGCUCCGCCGCCAAUUGACCGACAUCGUCCGCUCCAACAACCCAGGCUUGGUCCCAGCCUACACCCCCCGUCUCCCAGAACCCUCAACCAAGCAAAUCAAAGCCCUCAAACAGAUCGUCACGGCAGGCUUCAUCGACCAAGUCGCUAUCCGCGCAGACCUGGCUCCCGUCCCGCCUGAGAUUCCUCGCGCUCCUCGUCGCGCCAUCGACGUCCCAUACCUCACUCUAUUCCGAUCACGGGAUGGAAAGGGAACGGAUCUCGUCGAGCGUGCUGUCUACGUCCACCCUUCUUCGCUGCUCGCGAAGUUGACCCCCAAGGAAAUGCCACAGUACAUCACUUACUCGCAUUUGCAGCAGUCUGCUGCGUUGGUGGGCGAUCAAAUCCCGAAGAUUCGCAUGUUCCCGCUUGUCGUGCCUAGUGGGCUGCAGCUUUCUGCUAUUGCGCAUGAAACACCUCUCAUCGAGUAUGGUAAGCCUAUUGGAAAGGCUGAUCCCAUUGACGGUGUGCCCCCGCGGAGAUCUUGCUGGGUCAUUCCCUCGCUGGUUGGUGAUGCUGGUAACUCCGGGUGGCCAAUGCCUGCUAAGAAGGUUGUACAAAAGAAGGACCCCAAAGAGGGUUGGGUCAUUGAGAAGUUCGUGUCGUGA